AUGCCCACAACUGGCAUAAGCAAGACUCCAAUUCAGCUACUACAUGAAUUUGGAACGAAGACCAACAACCUUCCCGUCUACACUUUGGAGAAGGCUGAAGGACAAGCCCACAAUCCUAGUUUCUCUUUCCGUGUUACUAUUGGUGAAAUAUCAUGCUCAGGGGAUGGCCCUAGCAAGAAGAUUGCAAAACAUAAAGCUGCAGAAUCCGCUUUGAACAUAUUAAGAGGAGAUGCCACUCUAAACUUGCCUAUGACAGAACCCAUUACACGUGAUGUAUCCAAGCAAACUGCUACUCAAGCUCAAGAAAAUCCUAUUGGUUCACUUCAGGAGCUUUCUGUACAAAAAGGAUGGAGACUGCCUGAGUAUUUUGUAUCGCAGGAAGCAGGACCGGCUCAUAAGAGGGAGUUCACCUUGUCCUGUAGAGUGGAAACUUUUGUAGAAACUGGUUCAGGCACAUCAAAGAAAGUGGCUAAGAGGAUAGCAGCAGAGAAGUUAUUGGCUAAACUGCGAAGCAUUCCCACUGAUAAUCUCAAUAUCUCAUUGGGGAUUGUAAAUAACACUGGUUGUACCUGGGACAAGCUGAAGAAUUCACCUGGAGAAAAAAUAAACAUGCUGAAAAGAAGCCCACUAAGUAUUCCUAACACAGAUUAUGUGAAGAUGUUGACAGAGGUGGCAGAAGAGCAAGACAUCCGUGUGUCCUACUUGGAUAUUGAGGAACUUAGUGUCAAUGGACAGUUCCAGUGUCUUGCAGAGCUCUCCACCAGUCCAGUCACUGUAUGCCAUGGAACAGGUCUUUCUUGUGGCAACGCUCACAAUGAUGCUGCCCAUAAUGCUUUACAAUAUCUCAGAAUCAUGGCGGGAAGAAAAUGA